UGAAUCCGGCCAUGUCACGGCUCCUGGGCACGCACCGCAUCCUCAGCGCCGUCAUCAUGACGCACUGCGCGCUCUGUAUCCACCACAAGCCGAUCCUGAGCAUGGCGCUGUGCAGCUGCCUCCUCACCAUCGCGGCCAACGGCACGGAGACGCUGUGGUACCGCACGGCCCCCAUCAACUUCUACACGCUCUUCCCCGUCGCCAUUGCAGCGAUCACCAUCGUGGGCCUGUGCAUCGCGCCGACCUUCCUGAAGAGUCCUGAGAUCGAGGCCGAGGAGGAGAAGCACCUGCUCAAGCUGGGGCUGCCCAGGAAGAAAUGUUGGAACAAGAAGCGGACCUGAUGUUCCAGUGUUGUCAGGUCGGCUGACGGCACCGCCACGGGUGUUGUCAGGCCGACUGCUUCCUUCCUCAGCGUUUUUGAGUCGGCCAGCCCCUCCAGCAGCGUUGUCAACUCGUCGAUCGGCUUAUUCGACUUCGGUGUCGGGUCGACGCAUCCCAUCAGAAGUGCUGUUACCUCGACCUUUUUCGCCAGGAGAGUUAUCUGUUCGACAAGCUAUGCCAGAGGAGUCGCUGAGUCGCACAGUCCUGUCAGGAGAGUCGCCAUCAACUCCCCCAUUUGCAAUUCCGGUUCUAUCAGAAGAGGCGACGUGUCUGCCGGUCCUGUCGCAAAAUCGAUCGGCCUCCUCAACUCUGCCGGGUUGAAGAGGUUCGCGGAUUCGGUGUUCGCGGGCAACGUCCACCAAGGGAGGGGUUCCCGGCCCAGAGCGGCCGGGAGCGACAUCAGCCUGAGUUCAUGUUCCGGUCUCGUCACUCGUCUCGUCGGCGUUGAAGUCGAGGGCGCCAUCGCCUCUGACUCCUCACCCGGGCCUCCCGCCUCCCGCCGCAUCGGGCACUUCCCCGCAGGUUCUCGCGCUCACGCCCAGCUCUGCCGAGUGCUCGACGUGGUCCCUGGCUCGCGCGGCUUGGCCAGGUGCUUCCCUUCGCCCGCCUCUUGGCUGCUCGACGCCACGAAGACUCUGGCGUGGGCCGGGCCGCUCGAGCUGGUCAGAUAACGGUGGCGCCGAGCGAGGAAAGACGAGGAGCGAUACCUUGCUCGCUUGGUGAUUUUUGUUCAGUCGAUGCUGCAGGUUGCUUCCCAGAAAACUUUUAUUUCGAUUCAGCAACUACAGAUACUCGGCUGACCAAUGGCGUGUCUUCAGCAAGGUGCUUU